AUGCGUCGCUUUGGCACUGGAAUUAGUGGAAAUCGAAAGCCAAAGGCUGAAUUAUCCCCUGAAACACGCUCAGCUAUCAUUUAUAGCCUUCGAAAAGGGAUAUCGCCGACAAGAAUUGCGCGCGAUAAUCACGUCUCCCUAGCUCAAUUCACUAUACAAAACAACGCUUCUACACCAACACGACAAUCAAAUCAAGGCCCUGGAGCGGUCGGCCUCGAAAUUUUAAUGAUCGUACAAGGCGCUAUAUAUUUCAGCUUGCGCGUCGGCACCCUCGGUGGACAUACGCAGCGCUCGGCGCAAAUAUACCUGGUACAGACACAAGAAUGUCGAGAUCUACAAUUAGACGCCUCCUACGGACAUAUGGACUCCGAAAACGGAAGUCAAAGAAGCGAAUACUAUUAA